CGCCACUCCACAGUCCACACCGCCAACCUCUCCCCGCACCGCACGCGGCCGUCAGGGAAAAAGUGGGGAAAAAAAAUCGAAGCUGAAGUGAGAAGGCGCCGCGAACUAUGGCCGCGGGCUUCCGCCUCCAUCUCUGCCCCCGCCUCCGCGCCUUCGCGGUCUCCUCUCGCCCGCUCCUCGCCGCACACCCCAGAUCCCUGCCCAUGCGUCGCGCCGGCCCGGCCGUUCCGCUCGCCGCCCGCGCACGCCGCGGCUUCGGCUCCUCCUUCACCGCCGCCCCGCCCGCCGAGGACGACUUGGCCACAGCUGCCGACCUCUGGUUUGAGCCGCCGCUCAAGGUCGUGCGGUACCCCGACCCUGUCCUGCACGUGCGCAACAAGCGCAUCAACACCUUCAAUGGAAACCUCCGUGCCCUUGCCGACAAGAUGUUUGAUGUCAUGUACAAGACUGAUGGCAUUGGUCUCUCAGCACCACAAGUUAGAGUGAACGUGCAGCUUAUGGUAUUCAAUCCAGCUGGACUGAAGGGGGAAGGAGAGAAGAUUGUCCUUGUUAACCCAGUGGUAUACAAGUCCUCAAAGCGAUUGCUUGUGUUUGAAGAAGGGUACUUAUCGUUUCCUGGAAUAUAUGGCAAUGUGGUGAGACCAGAAAAUGUGAAAAUUGAUGCUCAAGAUGUUACAGGGGCAAAGAUCAAAGUUAAAUUGUCAGGUCUUCCUGCAAGAGUUCUCCAGCAUGAGUUUGAUCACUUGCAGGGGGUUCUUUUCUUUGAUAGAAUGACUAUGGGUGUUCUUGAAAGCAUAUGUGAGGAACUGAAGAACCUAGAAAAGAAAUACGAGGAAAUAACAGGGCUACCAAGUCCUGAAACUGUGGAGAACUUCAAGGGGACAAAGGAUGCCCUUAGUUUUUCGAGAUGAUGACUUUUAGCAGGUUAUGGUAAUUUUGCAAAUACACCAUGGAGCUGAGCUUUAGCCUUCAGAAUUUCUGGGACAUCUGGUUAUAUCAGUAACACACUGCUGUAGUUCCAGCGUUGGCAGUCUUGCUAUGUCUAGUUAUCUGCAACAUCAAUGAAAUUACAGAUAGCAAAUGUACUAGUUACAAAUGAGGUGUCAUUUUCAAUCCUAAUGUUGUCUGCAUAUUUACGACUCUUAGGAGACAUUGUAGUUCCGCUUUUUCCAUGAUAUGUAAUGGACUCUUCUCUCAAACUUUAAAUUAGGUGUCAUUUUCAAUGCUAAUGUUGUCUCCAUAUUUAUGACUUUUAGAUAUUGUAGUUCCGCUUUUUCCAUGAUAUGUAAUGGACUCUUCUCUCAAACUUUAAAAUCAGAAAGCAAAAUUUUCAUUGUUUUGUAUUUCUUAAAAUACAUCAUAGAGACCAAAAAAAAAAAACAAUGAGAUAAGUCCAUAGCUUGCUCUUAUAACAUGCAGGUGCAUCAUUUUUGUUGGCCAGCAUAUGUACUAUAUUAGGAACACAUCAUAAGAUAAUAUAUCGUUGUUAUAACAUCCAUAUGACCCCAGCCUUUUUUUUUGCUACUUAUUUUUAUUAGCUCCAGAACAAUGUUUCUGGCAGAUGACUAGGAAGCCCACAUCUUUUUUGGUGGCAUAUCUAGUGUAAAGCAACCCCCUGAUCAUCUUAAAUAAUGAUUGUCAUCUAUUUGAUUAUGGAAUGCAAGCAGCGCUAAUGUAUCUUUUGAAGCUAACAUUGCUAGCGUACCAAAAUCAUAUUUAAUCGACAUGGUUCAUUUUAAUGCUUUUGUUGAAGUAUAAGUGAAUUGCUUAUUUUUCCCCAUCAGCUUAGGUUUUUGGGUGCAACUGGUUGGUGCAUGUAGCUCAAUAUGGUAUCAGAUCCAGAGGUCUCGAGUUUGGGUGCAACUGGUUGGUGCAUACAGCUCAAUAGCUUUAUCAAGCAGUUCAUGAAAGUCAGACACACAUACCAUGUCUAGUUGGAAAGAAAGGAAAGGCAAAGAGGUACGCAUAUGCUUCAUCUUUUGUUUGAUUCAGAUCAUAUCUUUCGCAGUUCUGGAUCCUGCUUCCCCCCCCCCCCCCCCCCCCAAAAAAAAAUAUAUGUCAAGAUGAAUGACAAAGUUAGUUAUCCAGUCCAGGCCCUGUUAUCCCCAUAUUUCAUAUUUACUAUUUUUACUGCUUUGUUCUCUGGUUUAGCUGAGGUUCUAAAAGUACAGGAAAAAUAUAUUAUAUGCGUAGGCAUGUUGUCUAUAUUCUUUAGCUAAUCGCUUAUUCUAUUUCUUCAUAUUAUUAUUUUGCCACUAUUUUGAUUGCUUUGGAACAUUUUUCGCCACCGCUUUUCAAAGUAUUUCCAGCUAAGCCCAUUAAUACCGUUUCCUAAUUGCUAUGUUUAUCGAAUAUAUUUGUGUAUUGCAAUAACAGGUACCAUUUGUUAGUUAGAAACUGACUAUAACACUUGCUCAUUUUUCUAACCAUUUUCUAGUUCAAUCAUGUUCUUUUUAUUUGGUCCAAGUAAUCUUCCCCUUACAUUGACUACUGUAAUCGGCCGGUAAUCGUUCGCUUUUAUAUAUCCUUAGCAAUAUGUUUCUGAAUACCAAUUUGAAUGUUCAGGAUUAUGUAUUUACCAUUUUCCUUUGGACUCUUUGCUGUAGCUCUACUUAUUUUCAUUUACUUAACGAAACAAUCUUUUGGCAUCGUGCUUACUCAUUUUGGAAAACUCAAAUACAUAUGCUUACUGUAUGACCAUUUUGAAUAAAAAUAUCUAUGUUUGCUUUCAUGGAAAGAUUAAAAUUCUGUAAUAACAUUGACCUCAAAAUAACUGUAUAUAUGCACACCACCAAGCAAUGGUGCAAAGGGGUUGGAAGUAUCACAACGCUCAUGGAUAAGCACCAAUCAACAGACGAAGGCACUUUCAGUGUUUCAACAUAUGUCGUGAUAUGAUUGUAAGUUGUUCCCAGCAGGUUUCCCAAUCUGUAGGCAAGCUAUGGGAGGGACGGUUGGAGUGUAGAGCUCCCCAAAAGCUUGCCAGCAGAAUGGGUUGUUUAGGUGGUAGUGGGGUAUUUGCACUGAUCUGAGUUGCACGCCAGUAAGAGAGAUCCCUGAACAAGGUAAGCUGUCACUGCAUGCAAAAUGGACAGGCUUGAUUGUAAAUGUCCCUCUGAUGUUCUCAUACUGAACCCCUGAUACUGCCACUGCUGAUGUUUGAUUUCUACAAGUGCUUCUGUCGCAAUAAAACUGAUCUAUCAUAAUAGGCGUUUGAACUUCUGAGACUUGUAUAUUUGAGAACCUUAUGUCUUGAACCAAUCCUACGCCACCCUGCAAUAAAUGAGAGUUCACUUUGUUUAGCUCGGUAAGUAUUAUGGUUUUGCUUGGCAUCAUUAUGUUUUUUCCUUUUUAGAAACUUCCCAAGGUUGUUGGUUGUAUAGAUGUCAGAAGAGGACAUGUUCUUUCCUUUUUCCGUUUAUGGUGGUGUAAUGUACUAAUGCCUGCUGUUGAACUAGGAUUUUGUUCCUUACAAAAAACUAGGAUUUUGUUUGUAUCUACAGUCCUACGUGCACAAGCUUACCUGCCAUGUCUUGAUUCUGACACCAGUCAUGGUUCUGAACAUGUUGAUAUCCCUUACGGUAACAUUUGAAACACAUGCUUUUGUGUUGUCCCGGCCUAGUCCACCUAUGCUGAUUCCAUGGCCUGGUCCACAAUUCACGUUGUGUAUAUUUAUGUUGCUGCAUCCUGUCUGGAUGGAGAUACAAUCAUCACCUGCAUCGAAUAAGACAAAUAUGCAACAUUGCUUUUGUUACGUGACUUUGGAUUGACUGUGAAAGGUAGUUAGAUACUUCAAGUACUCUUUACAACAUUUUUUCAGUGUACCCUUGAUUCUGAAAACCUACCCUUUGAAACACAGAGUAUACAAAACUGAGGAGCAGGCUUUCAGUUUAUUCUAUGUAAUUUUUUUAAAUCACAAGUUUGUAGAUACGGCCUUAUAUGUACAGAACAUGAGUUGUCUUGUGUUAUUGCUAAAAAUUUCUUUGUGUGCUAAAGCUGGGCAAAACAAUAUUUGCGCAUUAUGAAUAUGCCUAGACGCCUCUUGAAUUUUGUUGUAAUGAGGGAUUACCGCAAGCCAAGUUUGUAUGAUGAAUGCUGACAUCUUUGGAGUUCUGCAGGUGUAUUCCAUCAGUGUUGAGACUGUUCUCAGGGGAGAAUAUAGUCAUGUCGUGGACCAUCACUCCUUGACAGUUGUCGAACUUCAGAUGGCACUGUGAGCUGUUGACAAUAGUGAUACCAGCUACUACAACGUUGAAACUGCCAUAGAACCUCAAUGCCUGCAUCAGGGUUUAAUCUGUGGCAUUCUCUCGAGGUUGGCAUUGUACUGCUGAAAACCCAAGGUCCCCUGGAACAUGGAAUCCUAAUAUGAGGUUACUUUGAAACAGAGCAUUGGAAGACCAAACUGGGACAAAAGGAAUCGCUAAUGAGAAUAUCUGACACAGAAUUGCAUGAUGCUUGACAAUUUUAUGAGGUUAGUUUGAAACAGGGCAUUUGAAGGGCAAAACUGCCGACCUUAGUAUCAUCCGAGACUCCAUCACCCUUGGCUCCAAAAUCAACCACGUUGAAGACCGCGCCCUGUGAACCUGCCGGCGGUGGCCGUGACGGCUGUUGAUAACCCUUUCCACAGCUUGGAGGUGGCGGCUUAGGACUCGAAUGCCUACUGCUGUUGGCAGGGCUUGGACUCGGGCUGACAGGAGCAUUCGGGCUUGGACUUGGGCUUGGUUGGUAUGGAUUCUGGUAUCCUUUGCCAGCACCAGGGCUCGGUGUCGAGAUGACCGGUGGCUUUGGGCUCUGCCGGUUGCCACCGUACUGCCGGUGUGAGCUACCCUUCUUUCCUUUGCCUUUCUUCCUUAAAUGAGAGGAGCUCGGUGAGCUUCUAGGCCUCCAAUGCUUGCCUAUUCUUGCGUCGCAGAUGUCAAUGGUGGAGCAAAGAGCAAGCAACACAAGGAGAAGCAGGAGGCCGAGGCCGUUUACUCUGAGCUUCAUCCUUCUGUCUGUAUCUAUCUGCUGUGUGGAAAUUGUGUAUGUGCUGGGGAAGCAGAUAGAGAACACACGGUGAGAGGCUUGUGAGGAGGGAAAGAGGGGGGUUUAAAUAGCAAAGCUCAGAGCUGGCCAUGUUCUCGUUUCACAGGAUUUUAGGUGAAUGAAAUGAAAAAGAUUGGGAAAUGGGCCCCCAACUCACGUGCAUGCAAAGUGCAGCAUACGGUUCAGUCUUGUACCUGCUCAGAGAAUUGUAGUGUCCUCUUGUUACUUUUGUUAAUCGCCGUAGUCAUUUGUAGGCUUUGAUUUC